CCUCCAUCCUUCCAUUCCCCCCCUUCCCCGGCCUCCCGCGGACCGGCCCGCGGUGGGCGCUGGGGGCCGGCGGCGCGGAGAACCCGCGGCCCCCGGAGGACCCGGAUGCUGCCGCCUCAGGUGGCCCAAUACCCGCCUUUACCUGUGAGUUCUUCCGGCUGCACGUUCUCCAGGAACCAAUCAGUGGAUUUUUAUCGCCUGGGCGAUGAAUUAGAAAGCUGACUAUGGUGCUGAAAGAACCCGGCACAUCUCUCUGACCACGGUCGAAACCCGAAUCAGUGAUCCACCUUGCUAUCUUUCUGUUUUAAAGAGAGGAGCACAUCCCCACUGCCACUCACCUGGCAGAAACUCUGUGUUGUAAGAUCAUGGACCACACCAAUAGGGAAAAGGAUGAAAGGCAGCGGACAACUAAGCCCAUGCCGGGGAGGAGUGGGCAUUCGUCACGGCCCUCUAGUUCCACGACCUCCUCUGGGGUUCUUAUGGUGGGACCCAACUUCAGGGUUGGAAAGAAGAUAGGUUGUGGGAACUUUGGAGAGCUCCGAUUAGGCAAGAAUCUCUACACCAAUGAAUAUGUAGCAAUCAAACUGGAACCAAUAAAAUCACGUGCCCCACAGCUUCAUUUAGAAUACCGGUUUUAUAAGCAGCUCGGCAAUGCAGCUGAAGGCCUCCCCCAGGUGUAUUACUUUGGACCAUGUGGGAAAUACAACGCCAUGGUACUGGAACUUCUUGGCCCUAGCUUGGAGGACUUGUUUGACCUCUGUGACCGAACAUUUACUUUGAAGACCGUGUUAAUGAUAGCCAUCCAGUUGAUUUCUCGAAUGGAGUAUGUGCAUUCAAAGAACCUCAUUUAUCGAGAUGUCAAGCCAGAGAACUUCCUGAUUGGCCGACAAGGAAAUAAGAAAGAGCACGUUAUACACAUUAUAGACUUUGGACUGGCCAAGGAAUACAUUGACCCAGAAACCAAAAAACACAUACCGUAUCGGGAACACAAGAGCUUAACUGGAACAGCAAGAUAUAUGUCUAUCAACACUCAUCUUGGCAAAGAGCAAAGCCGGCGGGAUGAUUUGGAAGCCCUGGGCCAUAUGUUCAUGUAUUUCCUUCGAGGCAGCCUACCCUGGCAGGGGCUCAAGGCGGACACAUUAAAAGAGAGGUAUCAGAAGAUUGGUGAUACAAAAAGGAAUACUCCAAUUGAAGCUCUCUGUGAGAACUUUCCUGAGGAGAUGGCCACGUAUCUUCGUUACGUCAGACGAUUAGACUUCUUUGAAAAACCCGACUACGAUUAUUUGCGGACACUCUUCACGGAGCUCUUUGAAAGGAAAGGCUACACCUUUGACUAUGCCUAUGACUGGGUUGGCAGGCCAAUUCCUACGCCGGUGGGGUCAGUUAAUGUAGAUUCUGGUACAUCUGCAAUAACAAGAGACAGCCAUGCACACAGGGAGCGUCCAUCACAGCAGCAGCCUCUUCGAAACCAGACCACGUCAUCCGAUCGCCGAGGAGAGUGGGAAAUCCAGCCCAGCCGGCAGACCAAUACCUCCUACCUGACGUCUCACUUGGCUGCAGACCGGCAUGGGGGAUCAGUACAGGUGGUAAGUUCAACCAACGGAGAGCUGAAUGUCGAUGACCCCACAGGGGCACACUCCAAUGCACCAAUCACAGCGCAGGCCGAGGUGGAGGUAGUUGAGGAAGCUAACUGCCUGAAAAUGCUCAACUUGUGGUGCUGCUGUUUCUUUAAGAGAAAAAGGAAGAAGACCACCCAGCGCCACAAGUGACCAGUGCCUCUCGGGGGUCCCCCGGGGACUCCGCGAUUCUGACUGCACCCGCAGCUCCUGCCAUUUCUCAUUGGAAGGGACGUCUCUUUGGGAGGAGGGAGGAGGAGGAGGAGAGAGUGGAGAUCAGAAACCAAAAAGAGAAGAGAACAGAUGCCCGGAAGGAAGCCGGCACGGAGUCGGCCAGCGCUGAAUGGCUUCGACGCUUAAUUCCAAUCCCGCGGCCCCUCUCGGGAUCCAGAGUCCGAGGGGCUCCCGCAUCCACGGGGCUCGGCGGCUUCUUGCACUUGGGGCUGGCUGCCUGGCUGACUCUCCUUCCCAUUGUUUACAGUGAAGGUGUCAUUCACAAAAACUUACGAACUUGCAUCCUCUGUCCUCUCCUCCUCCAUUUAGUCCUGCCCCCCCGCCGCCCCGGCCCCCGCCUCCUCCCCCUCCAGUGAAAAGACUAAGAAGUCAAGGCUUCAUUGGCUGACUGUCGAGGGCGAGGCCCUUUUCCAGGCAAGUUAUACAGCUGAAAAAGCGGGCGAGAGGAGAGCCCGGAGCUGGAGAAGGACUCCCUCCCCGCCUCCCUCUCCCACCUCUCACCGCAGAGUUCUCGUCCCGUGUCCGACUCCGCUGCCGUGGCUCCAAGGUCUGCCCCCCCCCCCGGCGGGUCCAGGCUCUUCCCCACACCCCCCUCCCUCCUUGUGAAGUUACACUGUAGCACACAAGCUGUGAGAAAUUUGCAAUCUACUGUUCCCGCCUCUUUGGUGUUCUUGGCUUUCUUGGCAAGCUCUGGUCUCCGAACAGUUAGUUAGUAGGGCAGCGCAGAUUGUUUGGGGAAAGGAAAAACAAAACAAAACGAAAAAACUGACCUUGUUGCACUUUUUUUAAAAAACAAAACAAAACACGGCAGAUGCGUAUUGUGUCUGGUUGUUUUGGGGUUUGACUUUUUUCCCUGUGGAGGCAGACGGGGCCAGGUCAGCCCCUUGGGAGAGAGCUUGGGGUGCAGGGAUGUCCAGCUCCAGGGUUUGUUCGAGGCAUCAGGAAAGGAGGAAACCAGGCCCCCAAACCCCUCUGCUCUACCCGGCCCUGGGAGGCGAGGUCUGUAGGAACCCUUACUUGAAUUUCCAGGCCUUCUUAGCCGUCGAGGAAGGCUCCUGAUGUGACCAGCUGGUAGUUAGAAGGUCUAGCCCGCUCCGAGUGCCCACGACAAGGUUAGGAGGAGCAGGAGAGGAGCUCCGGAGACACGGAUCAUCUUGGAGAAGACGACGACAGAACCGUCAAAAUAUCGUCGCUCCCCACGUCAUCUGGUCGGCCUUGCACGUUCCUCGCGGGGAAACGAUUCCCAAAAGAAGCACCCCCUCCUCGCCAUCCGUUUGAGAGAAGGGAAGGGACGGAAAGCAGGGAGAGGAAGUAGCGUUGCCUUGGAUCCCGGGAUGAAAUCCAGGUCCCGUGCCAGCCGUUGGACCGAGAACUGAUGGGAGCCCACCGGAUCCCCUCCGAACUGCCGCCCGCGUCCUGCCCCGCGUAAGGAGCCGAGGCAGCGGACUGGCCGUGGCAGGCCGGGGGUCGAGGUCCGCAGCACCCGGGAAUGGGGCCGGGCCAAGUUUCCUGUGUCCUGGAAAGCGCCACGGGCUGUGGGGACAGUGGCUUCACCUGGUCAAGCCAUAAAAGAAAAAGAGCUGAUGUGAGCGGGGACGGAGAGCCCAGAUAAGGUCAGAGACCCGGCUCCCAAGGGUGGCGAGGAAAUCAUAGCUCAAGGGCCACGUUGCAGCCGCCGAUCGGAGGGAAGGGUUCGGUUCUCCUUUUUCUCGCUUGGAAGAGGCAUGAUCCAGGCGUAAUAUUCCCGUUGUAGAUGCUCAUCUAAGUAGUUCAAUGGAUUGUCUGAACAGUGGCGGAGAAGUGGUGACGCUGGCCCGGGAGGGCGAGAGGCAGAGGGAAAGGUCUUGGAUUUUAGGCAAGCUGGUUGGGGAGAUAUAUCUGCUCCCCAUAUGGCCAUUCAGAGAGAGAGAGAGAGUUGUCCUUUUCUGGAGAAACCAUUGCCCCAUUGGCCUUUGGAUUUUGGAAUCUGGAAAUUCUGGAGCUCCCGGGCUUGGCGAUGAUUCUCGGGAGCUCACCAUUUUCUGCUACCAAGUCCCUUGGUGCCUUACGUGAAUGGAGCGGAAGUAGCACCUGCUAGAAGCCCAGCAGGCACAGUCUU